AUGACAGACUCUCCCUCGAGAGACACGCGUCAAAAACCCGAACUCAUCGACGAACGUUCUGGCGCCUCUGCAGCCGGAACGGUGACAUUUCACGGGACCGUGUCGUCGCAGCAAUCAACCGGGCACCAUCCGCAUCCCACGCCUGCGACGCAGCGCGACGGCGUUGCAGUGUGCUUGCAGUGCACGAGUUUCUUCAGCCCCACCGCUUCAGGACAAACCAUAUGUUCAACAUGCUCUUCUUGGUCGUCACCGGCGCUAGCGCAACAGACCGAGCGGCAGGGUCUCAUCCUUUGUCCAGGGUGCAGGGGAAUCCUGGUCAGACCAAGAGCUCCUCAUGCGAUAGCCAUGUGCGGGCAGUGCCAGACAAUGCUCAAACUUCCCGAACACGUCGAUGAACAUCACACGCAUCACGCUCCGGGAUACGGCGAGCGAUUCGAGUCGUCGGCUUACGGAAUAGCCGCGGCGAGAUCACACGGGAUGCGCGCGCCACCAGGAUUUGUGCCGCAUCCUAUGACGACGCCACCAAUCCAAAACGUUGUCGCGUGCAUAUGUCCGGGGUGCUCAGCAGUGGUACAAGCGCCACUAUCGGCGCCAAUCUGCAAGUGCGGGAACUGCGGGCAAUUCAUGACGGUUCCGUCGCAGAUGUGA